GGCGGUAAAUACCGCCACUUGAAGGUGAGAAAUUUGCUAGAGUGGCGGUAAUUUAUUAGGAUGAGGCAAGCGACUUAAAACGAGGCAAAACUCGGUGAAACACAAAUUUAAAACUUAUCAUCAACAUUAAAAAAAGAAAAUGGAGUUACAUAAGGGACAAUGCUUCCAAACAGCAGCUGAAGCACAAGAAUUUAUUGCACAGUUUGCAAAAGCUCAUUGGCAUCCUCUGCGUCAAAGAAAUAGUGUAACAGUUGUGUCUUAUAAUAAGAAAGUUUCCCCUAAUAGCCAGCUCCCAUUAGAAAUCCAGUACCAGUCAUUAAACUGGGAGUGCAAGCAUUCUGGAGCAAUUAAAUCUCGAGGAAAAGGAAAGCGUCAGACUCACACUUUUGCUAAUGGAUGUUCUAUGCAAAUAACCAUAGUAUUCAAUCGUGUUAUGGGUAGUUUUGUUGUGUCAACAUGUAAACUAAACCAUAAUCAUGAUGUUUCCCCAGACUUGAUUAGGUUAUAUCCAGAACAUCGGCGCCCAUCAGGAAAGCUGGCAGAAGAUGUUGAUAACAUGUUGUCAGUAAAUGGAAAUCCAAGUCUUGUUUCACAAGUGUUACACAAGGAAGGUUUAGCUGUGCGUGUUAAAGAUAUGCACAAUCGAAAGCAAGUUCUUAUAAAAUCAGGUUCAACGUUAACUGCAAGACUGCGUUCUAUACUUGCAUUACCAAAUGUUCACUAUCGCUUUUUAGAAACAGAAGAUCAUCAAUUUCAAGGUUUGUUUUUCCAAACAGAUAUACAAAGAACAUUGUUCUACAAGUAUGGAGAAAUGAUUCAGAUGGAUGCAACUUAUAAGACAAAUAAUUAUCGUUACCCUCUGUUUACUUUGUUGGUGGAAGAUUGUGAUGGCGUUGGGCAGCCAAUUGCAUUUGCCAUAAUGACCAGUGAAGAUCAAAAUCACAUAGAAAAGUUUCUUGAAUAUUUUGCAGAAUGCAAUGACAUAUCAAAAACACAAUGUGUUGUUGUAGAUAAAGAUGUUGCUGAAAUUAAUGCCAUAAAUAAAUGUUGGAACAAUGUUAAAGUUCUUAUAUGCUAUUUCCAUGUUCUACGUGCCAUAGACAGGCAUUUAAAUCUAUUGCGCCUUGAUCAGACACAAAAUGAGUUGUGCUGUCGAUAUACACAAAAGAUGCUGAAUGCCAAUACUGAAUUGGAGUUUAAUUCAGCUGUUGAAAGUUUAAAAGAAGUACUAUGUUUUUACCAAUAUAUUGUGGAAAAUUGGAUUCCAUAUAAAGAGUCUAUAACAGCUUUUGGUCGCAAAUGUGUACGUCACCUUAGCAAUCGUACAAAUAAUCGAAUUGAGAGCUUCCAUGGUACUUUAAAGAAAUUAAUUCCUUCUUCAAGAGUUGAUAUGGAUGUAUUAGUCAACAAUUUACUGGGUAUGUCAUCUCUCAGAUCCAUGGAAUCUGUUCAUCGAGAUUUUGAAAAUACAUUAAAAAAUGUAACAGGCAACAAAUCUUCUCCUUUGGUAGAAAAAUAUUUUAAAAUAUGUACCCGGUACUCUUCUAAUUUAUUGCAAAAUGAGGUAGAGAUGGCUUGUUGUAAUGGGUAUACUAUUAACAAAAAUCAUAGCACAUCAGAGUUUGUGGUAACCAGCCCUUCUACACUUAAUGCAUAUUUAAUAGAUCUUAAUUUUAACUGUUCGUGCAAUUUUCAAAAAGAAAUGGGACUACCUUGUCGUCAUUUGUUUGCAGUAUGGAUUGCUUGUGAAAUAGACUUGUUUAGACCGGAAACAAUUGCUUCAAGGUGGCUCUUGUCUACUAAUACACCAAACUUGGCCAAUGUUUCACAAAACACUACCAUUUCUAUGUCGCAUGUUACUCCAAGUUUGUCACGUUCUUCAAGAUUCAAUUCCAUUAUGUUGUUAAUGAAAGAAAUUGCAUCGUAUGUAGCUGAUCAGCCACAGAAUUCAUUUCCAUUAUAUUACGAAAGUAUGGAACGUCUGCAAAAAUUUAUUUUUAAUAAUACUCCAGAAAAAGCUCUUAAUGCUUUAACAAACAUUGAGUCAAUUUAUUUUGAAUUAAACAACAAUGCAUUGGUUUCAGAUUCGUCAAAGUAUGUUAAAGCUUCUGACAACCAACCAACUGUUAAUUGCAGUGUUGACACUGCCAUUAUUGCAUCUAGUGAUGUUGCAUCAGAUGUUGUCGCAGUAACUGAUUUUGAAAUAACUGAUUUUGAAAUAGCUGAUGUUACAAUAAAUGAUGUUGCAAUAACUGAUGUUGCAUCAACUGUUAAAACUAAUGAGGCUCAAACAAAUGUUGUUUCAAUAACUCAAUCUAAUGAGCAGUGUUCUUUUGAGAAACCUUUUACAGAAGAGUUAUUUUUUGCCAGAAUACCAAAGGUCCGUGGCAGGCCAGCUGCGACCAAACAGCGAGCAUUUAAAAUGUUUGGUAAUAAAACAACUAAGCCAUCAUCUUUAAUGCCAAAGAUCUCAGAAUCUCUGCAAAACAGUACAACAGAAAGUAGUGUAGGCCAAUUUCAACAAAAUGACAAUUGCAAGGAAUGUGGCUUUGUUGAUCCUCCUAAAAAAAGAACUAAAACAGUUCCUUGGAUUCAAUGCGAUCAUUGUAAUGGUUGGUAUCACUCUUAUUGUUCUGGUCUCAACAAGAAACUCAAGUCAAGUGAACAGUUUAGGUGCAAACAAUGUGGUUAGUACAUUGAAUACUUUUCAACAUAUGGUUUUUACAUAAACUAUUAGUGUAAAAUGAUGUUUUUGUGUUUAUAUAGUUAUAUAUUAUAAUUUAUAUUUAUAUAUUUAGCA